AUGACAGACAUCUUCUUCUCCCUCUUCCUCUUUGCUGUGUGGAUGGUGGCCUUUGCAGUGGCCAGGCAAGGCAUCCUGAGGAAGAACGAGCACCGCUGGGAGUGGAUCUUCCGAUCGGUCAUCUACGAGCCCUACCUGGCCAUGUUUGGCCAGUACCCUGAUGAUGUGGAUGGUACCACCUACAACUUUGAGCUCUGCACCUUUUCUGGGAACGAGUCCAAGCCCCUGUGUGUGGAGCUGGAUGCCAACAACCAGCCCCGCUUUCCCGAGGGGAUCACCAUUCCCCUUGUCUGCAUUUACGUGCUCUCAACCAACAUCCUCCUCGUGAACCUGCUCGUGGCCAUGUUUGGUUACAGGGUUGGAUCAGUGCAAGAGAACAACGACCAGGUGUGGCAGUUCCAGCGUUACUUCCUGGUGCAGGAACACUGCAGUCGCCUGACCAUCCCCUUCCCUUUGGUCAUCUUUGCCUCCGUGUUCGUGGUGAUGAGGAAGUGUUUCAA